AUGAGCGGCGCAGGCAACCUCCGCAGCAACCGCCGUCGGGAGAUGGACUACAUGCGGUUGUGCAACUCAGCGCGCAAGGUGUACCCGUCCGACACAGUGGCCGAGUUCUGGGUCGAGUUCAAAGGGCCGGAGGGCACGCCGUAUGAGGAUGGCACCUGGAUGCUGCACGUCCAGCUGCCAUCCGAUUACCCGUUCAAGUCACCGUCUAUCGGCUUCUGUAACCGCAUCCUGCACCCGAACGUCGACGAGCGUAGCGGCAGCGUCUGCCUCGACGUCAUCAACCAGACGUGGACCCCCAUGUACCAACUGGAGAACAUAUUCGACGUCUUCCUGCCGCAGCUGCUGCGCUACCCUAACCCAUCAGACCCCCUGAAUGCGCAGGCCGCGCACCUCCUCCACGCCGACCGCGUCGGCUUUGAUGCACUGCUCCGCGAGCAUGUGAGCACCCACGCCACACCAGAGAAGGCGCUCGAGUCGAUUCCGGAAGCGUACAGGCCACAGGUCAACACCAAUGAGGAAGAACCGGAAGAGGCCAACGCCAAGGACACGGCCUCUGACGGCCCUGUGAAUGCAGGACACUCGAAGGGUUUGACGGACUCCUCAGUGACACCCACAGAGGACCACCGAGUCAUGCACGACGACAUGGCAAUCGAUGGCGACGAGGACGUAGCAGCCGAGUACGAGCCGGAGGAGAUUGAUCUUUGA